ACAAGCUAUAGUAUAGACAUGACGUGCUGGUACGAUUAUGGUACGGCACGUACGAGUAGCAACCAUAAUCUGAUUAUUGCCGUAUUACAAGUAUUGUCAUGCAACAGAUUGAGCUCAAAAUCUACCACCUCCGCUUUACCAUUCCGCAACUUGCUCCGUGCAUCCUACCUACCCUUCCAAGUACAAAUCCGACUAGUUCACAUGCGUUACAUUCUCGUGAUGACAGUGUCCGGUGCACUUGCGAUCAGCAGCACUGUUUCGGCAAUCGCUAUGGGGUUUCAAGCAUAUCAACAGGCCCAAGACAGUCUCCACGAUAGCGCUGAGAAGAUAGGCAAACCUGGCGGUCUUUUAAGAGGUCUUACGGCGGCUUACAAGCUCGACACGGCCGACGGCGAAGAGAGAGUGUUUGGUUUGGAGAAAAUGAAGGAGGCAUUGGCUAACAGAGAUAAGGUCCAGCUGGCGAAGAAGUUGGUAGCUGACCGUGCACCUAUGAAUCGCAUUCUCGGCGAAAAUAUUGAACCGAAGCAACUGUACAAAGCGUUGGGUUUUAGAAAAAUGUUGGGAAUCAAGUACGAACAAUUCAAGGCGCUGAAAGACGCAGAUCGAACCAGAGUCAGCCAAAUAAUUAAUGCAAACGAACAACUGAUGUCGAAGGCCACAAUGCUGAGACAGUACGAACACGUGUGGACCCAGAACUUGCGUGGAGCCACAAGUUAGCGUUUGAUCAAAAGCACAUUAGCUUUUAUACGUAGUAGAUGACUAACGAAAACCUCCUAACGCGACUUUUUUUCUUUACAACGGGCAAAAAGUAAAAAGGUAUGGGUGUUUUAUACUAUGCACGCAACAUUUUGAU